UCCAUAACUCACUCAUCACAACAAUUCUCACAUAGCCUCUCUGAUCAAUUUUGGUUCUUCAUUCCUCAAAAGGAACCAAUUACAUUAUGGGAGCCAACCUUUCCAAUUUAGAGUCUGUUGAUAGAUCUUCAAAGUCAUCACCACGGAUCCUCACCUUCCAUUCCACUGCUAAAUGGAAGGCUCACUUUGAUGCCUCCAAAGAAACAAACAAGCUGAUGGUUAUUGACUUCACGGCUAACUGGUGUGGGCCUUGCAAAUACAUGGAUCCAAUUAUCAAAGAGUUUGCUGCAAAGUACACAAAUGUUGAGUUCAUUAAGAUUGAUGUGGAUGUGUUAAUGGAUGUGGCUCAGGCAUUCCAGGUGCAAGCGAUGCCAACAUUUAUAUUAAUCAAGAAAGGCAAAGUAGUUGAAAAGAUGGUGGGAGCUAAAAAGGAGGAGUUGCAGAAGUUGAUUGAGAAACGCAGGAAUUAGAGUGUGCACGUACUGAUCAUUUAGAACUAUAAUAAAGUCAGGAUGGCUUUGUAAUAUACCAAUCAAUGUAGAGAAAAUAAGACGUCCAACUAUAUACUAAGUUGGUCUCUACCAGCCAUGACCAUGAUAAUGUAAUAUAUAUGCAGGAAAUAAUUCCCUCUAAAGUUAGAAAUUAA